AUGAGUAAUGAUGUAGAACAAUCGGCGGCCCAGUUGGAUAAUGAUUCUAAGCAUUCAAGGCGUGUAGCUAAGGAAUUCCUGCCAGAGAAGUUCCGACCAUUAUGGAUCCAACAGCCACGGUUAGAAAAUUUAUUAGCAAUUGUUAAAAGGAAUGUUGAGAUGCGGCAGUCACAAAAUAUUGGGAUUAAAACUCUUCAAAACAUUAUAAAUGUUUUUGUUGGCACGAUGAAGGAGAGAUUUAAGCUUGUAAUUGAGAAAAAUGUGGAACUAUUAGAAAGCGAAGGCCAAGCAAUAAAUCUAGAGGAAGUGAUUAAAGGACGAAUAGUAGCAGCAAAAUCCAAACUACAUCAACAAAUUUUAUUAAAAGAACAAGAUAAAGUGUCUAAUGUAACUAUUGUCGCCUAUUUAGAAUACAAUGCAAGCGUUGAAGAAUUUGUUGCAUCUAGGUUAGGGAUUAAGACUCAUGCCUCGAG